AAAAUACCUGUCGUGCCGCCCCCUGUUUAGUAGCGAGAUGACAUCAAAUUCACGAGAAGCUCUACAGAAAUACAACUCAAAGACAAGGCAGCAGUGAUCGGAGAGACAGUCUGUGAAGAAGAACAACAGUGUUACUUCUUGUUUGGAAAGGCGAUUGCCGGUUUCAAGGCUUGGGCUGCGCUACACUUGGUUGCGCGUUAGGAAUUUAUGGAGGACGCUCGCUGAAAUCUGAAGCAAAGCGAUUGAUCGAUUGUGCACGAAAAGUUGUCGCUGUCCUGCAAAAGAGCUCAACCCAUGAAGAGUUGCCUACAGUAGACGGGCGAGGCACGCAAGGUAGAGAGUGCCUGUGUGCAUCAAUCUGGCGGCGGCUGUACAUCUACUGAGAGCGAUGAUCACCUGGACAUGCUGUGCUUUCAUUCUUCUGAUGCCUGUUCUGGUGCAGGGUCAAUCAACAGCACCACAGUCUCUUGCCGUCACUUCACCGCCACCAUGUGAUGACUGCUGCGGCCGCCCAAGCUGGGCAGUGUUUGCGGCGUCCCUUGUGGGCACAAGCGUGCUGACCGUGUUGAUCAGCUUCCUUUGCAUACAGUACGCCGUGUCCAGGAACCAGGGCGACGAACGCUACUCGGGCACGCGACGAAAGAGCACCUUGGAUGCGGAGAAGCGCGUCGACCGCCAACGCGGGCGUGGCCAGAGUUUCGGCUUCAGCACAAUCCCCAACCCCAGUGUGGAGUAUGACGAUGACAUCAACCCCGAGGACAGUGUAGAUGCGCCGCAUCUGGACAUCGCCAUGGAAACGACAAGCGGCAGCCAUGCCAACGGUGUCCUGGCUGUACCGCCGCUGAAAGACCCAAAGAAGUCCCCAAGCAUGAACAGGCUGGCCGGAGGAGGGCAAGCGCAGAGCAGAGGUAGCUCCACUCCCACCAACAAGCGUCUGGUGCAGCUCAACUCCGUGGCCAGCGCUGGAGGCGGCUCCGACUCGGAGAUGAGCCGUCCAAACUCUGUGGCGGGAACACCCGGCUCAAACAAGCCGGGCCGAGUCGGCUUCUCCAAGGCGCGCAAGAGCGAGCGCAAGCAGAUCCUGGCAAGCGCGGAGAUGCUCGGUACACCGCUCGGUGCCAGUCCGGCGCGCACCCCGACAACGCCAUACCGCCUGUCGAAGCUGAGUGCAACCUUGCCGUCACAAGACCAGCAAGCGCUGGCCUUGGCCAGUGGUGGUGAACUUGAUACUCAUAUCGUUAUGCAGAACUCUACGGCGAUGGACGACGACGACAAUACAUCGGAGCUGAGUCUUACCGAUGCCUACCCGCAAUCUCCACCGCCGAUGGCCACCGAGCAGCCUAUCCAGUCCCGUCAUCCAGGUCCCGGGCCCAAUGCCAGUGUAGAUGCUGCACCGGGUGGGCGACAGCCUCCAUCUAGUCCUGCACCGACUGGCACACAGUCGCUUACUCAUCUGUCGAACGUGCAUCUGAGCAGUGCAGAGGAUCAACCAGAGGCUGCUCUAGCACGUGAUGAAGGACCUGUUGUGGACGCUGCUGGAAGCCCUGCAUCGUCCAUCAAUGAGAAUAUGCUGUCUGCGGAGGCCAGCAAUGGGGCGGAAUUCCAGCCAGCUGACGAUCACGCGCCCUUCCACUCUGAUGCUCAGCCGACCGCGGAUGGUGACAACGAAAGUGAACUGGAUCUCUCGCCGGAUUUGCCCAAUUUCAGCCGUGCUGACGUUCCUGACAUAAUAAAACGCCCGUCCGACCUCAGCAUCGAUUUGCGGUACGAAUGAAGCUCAGUCAUAGUUAUACUAAGUACAUGUAUGGGUAGUGAUGGGCACUCUACUGUACACACAGUGUGCUAUAGUAUAGCCUUUCUUUCCAAGGUGACCGCUAGGAAGACCACUAGGGGCUCGGUGUUUGUUCUAAAAUAAUUCCCAUAAAAAAACACCUGGCUUUAGUGUUGAUUCUGUGCAUACUUGAAAUCCAUAUAAUACCGAUAGGUAACGGUAUUUAUUAUUUUUUUUAAUUUUUUAUCGAAUAGAAUACUGAAUCAGUGAAUAGUGCUGCCAGGGGUAUGUAAGCAGUCUGGCAUGCGUACAAACUGUGAUGCUCCCCAGCAUUAUUUAACAUAAUUAUUAUCACCACUUCAACGCUACACGCAUGCAGCGUGUCCACUACGCAUGCAGCGUGUCCGCUACGCAUGCAGCGUGUCCGCUACGCAUGCAGCGUGUCCACUACGCAUGCAGCGUGUCCACUAGCCUCAUGGAACUCGAGAGCCCUAUAGUCUCCUCAGUGGUUGGCCCAACAUCAUUGCCACCCGCCCCGGUACCCUACCGUCGGGAUGUCGGGCUGGGAAUGCUCCAGUACAGACAAUUGUUGUAUUCAUUGUGUGCCCCAACACUGCACUGACAAGUCACAAUAGUUUUAUCCCUGCACCUUUCUUAUCUUUCUUAUCAUCAAGUUUUCACCUGAUCCCCACCCCCUACUUAAAAGUCGAGUACGGACUCUCAAAAUAAUUUAUAAUUAUACUUUUAUAUCAACUAUGCCUCACUGCAAGUGUUUGUAUUUCCAUCGAUUCGUCACCAUGGUCACCAUGAUCACCAUGGUGAUCAUGGUGACCAUGAUCACCAUGAUCGUCACCAUGAUCACCAUGAUCGACUUCUUUCCUGCAUUGCUUUGAGAGUAUCCUUCGGGAUCAAAUACAGCGGCUGAGCCAUCA